AUGCAGCAGUGGAUGAUAGGGCUAGGGUUCGUUGUCGCACAAUGGGUUGGCUACGGCUGCUCCCUUCUUCCCGGCAUUCUCUCCUGGAGAUUGCCACUAUCGCUUCAAGUAGCACCAGCUAUUGUCUUAGCGGCGGGCGCCCUAUUUCUCCCAGAGAGUCCUCGUUGGCUUAUUGAGCACAACAAACCAGAUAACGGUCGUCAAGUGCUAUGUCGCCUUCGCGGGACGCAUGCCCACCUUAAUCAAAAGUCCAUAGACCAAGAAUUCUGCGAAAUCCAAAAGGCCAUCUCACAGGAACGACUUUCCUCUGCAAAAUCGUGGGCUGAGUUUUUUCGCUGCCCAGCCAAACGCCGUCGGGUAUUUCUCGGUGCCGGGAUCCAAGCCUUAACACAAUGCUCUGGCAUCAACGUAAUAGCCUAUUAUGGCCCACGAAUAUAUGCUGGCCUUGGGUUCUCCACGUCUCAAUCCCUAAUGAUCAUUGGGAUAUCCGGCGCAUUGGCAUGGACCUGGAACACUCUUUGCUUGUUUAUUCUGGAUCAUGUCGGUCGACGAAAACUCUUAAUUCCAUCCUUUAUCGGCAUGGGUGCAACACUCUGCGUCGAAGUAGCUCUCUUCCAGGCCUUUGAUCCCCGGACAUCGCAAAAUGAUAACGCGCUGCGGGCACAGGUUGCUAUGUACUUCGUGUUCACGCUGUGUUUCACAUCGCUAGGCGUCAUCUCGUGGAUCUACCCGUCUGAAAUUUUCCCCACGGCGAUUAGAGCGCGAGGUACAUCCGUGGCGACUGUUGUUAACUGGAGCUUGAAUUUGGUUUUUGCCCAGUGUUCGCCAAUUGCAUUAUCGCGACUAGGAUAUAAGUACUUUUACUUUUUCGUGACAUUUAACUGGGCGGGAGCAAUUUUGGUGUGGGCAUUUUUUCCCGAAACUUUGGGGAAAACGUUGGAAGAGCUGGAUGGCGUGUUCGAACCCAAGCUUAAGAACAAUACGCCAUCUUCCUCUGGCUAUGCUUCAGCCGAAAAACCCAGUAUUGAAACUAGGUCUGAGAGCAAAACAAUCGAGCCCGCUUAA